CUUAAGUAAACAUUGACAUUAACGCCGAUUAUUAAGUCUUACGCUGCCCUCCUGCCGCCUCUGUGCUUGCCCUGUAAACUUGGAGGUGUGGAGAGUAUACUGAAGGCAGAUCCGAUCACCUCCGCACCCCAAUGCCCCGUCGGCCCCGCGUGCCCCCCAACAAGCCCCGCCUCGGAGGUGGAGUGGGCGGGGAUCAGCGGUCAGUGGAGCAAGACCCGGUGGAGGUGUUCUGCCGCAUCCGCCCGCCCGAGGAUGGCGUGGUGGAGGAAUGUGUGGCUGAAGUGGAUGACUGCACAGUGAAGCUGACACCGCCUACCUCCUCCUUCGCCUUCCGUAAUGGCAGCGGCAAGGAACAGCUGUAUAAAUUUGAGCGUGUCUUCGCCCCGACGGCAUCCCAGAAGGAGCUGUUCACCCGAGUCGCGCUGCCCCUCGUCUCGGACCUGGUCAGCGGCAGAAACGGCCUACUCUUUGCCUAUGGGGUCACUGGCUCCGGCAAGACUUACACCAUGCAGGGCACACCACAAGACGGAGGCAUUGUUCGGCGGACACUGGAUGUCGUCUUCAACUCCAUCCAGAACUACCAGGCUGGCCGGUUCAUCUUCCGGCCAGACGGCAUGAAUGGCUUCGACGCACAGAGUGAGAUCGAGGCUCAGAACGACCGACGGAAGGCUACAGCCACGCCCAGGCCACGGAUGGGAUAUGGCGCAACGGUUAGAGGGAUGCGAACUAGGAGGGAGGCUGUGGGAGGGGGAGGCAGCUCACAGGACAGCUCACAGCGCAUCCCAGACACCUCCAGAAUCGACUCGCUGGAUGAGGAUAACGUGUUCGCCGUCUAUAUCAGCUAUGUUGAAAUCUACAACAACUAUAUAUACGAUCUUCUGGAGGAGCUUCCUGAAAUUGGUCCAUCCAGAGGCCUACAAACAAAGAUCAUCCGUGAGGAUUCCCAACACAACAUGUACGUUCAUGCCUGUUCAGAGGUGGAGGUGAAGAGCCCUGAGGACGGCCUGGAGGUGAUGUACCGAGGGCUGAAGCGCAGGAAAACAGCGAGCACUCAUCUCAACUGUGAGUCAUCGCGGUCACACUCAAUCUUCACCAUCAGGGUUGUUCAGGCGCCACUUGAUGCCCAGGGGGAGGACGUGGUGACCGACAAGAAUGCCAUGCUGGUGUCACAGUUGUCGCUGGUGGACUUGGCCGGGUCAGAGCGCAACCUACGGACCAAGGCAGUGGGCGACAGGAUCAAGGAAGCAGGUAACAUCAACAACUCUUUAAUGAACCUGCGCACCUGCAUUGAGAUCCUACGUGAGAACCAGUCGACCGGUGGAAGCAAGAAGGUGCCAUACAGAGACUCCAAGCUGACGCACUACUUCAAGAACUUCUUCGAGGGGAAUGGAAAGAUUAGGAUGGUGGUGUGCAUUAACCCAAGGUCUGAGGACUAUGAUGAAACCCUGACUGUAAUGAAGUUUGCUGAGUUGGCAUCGGAGGUUCAGAUCCAGCGUUCAGAGCCUCAGCGCCUCAACCACCUCGGGCUGCCCAAGGGCCGUCGCCGAGCCAACCAGCUGUUCAAGGAAGUACGGCGCAAGUUGGAGGAUGAGGUUGGCUCUGCAGCGGUCACUCAGGGUCUGGAACUGGAUAUCUCCCCCAUCUACACUUUGGCCCCAGACUGGCCGUCCGUCACCUGUGGGUCUGGCAGUGGGCUGGAAGACGUGGUAGCCUCCCUCAAGGCGUACCUACGGAGGCGCCUUGCCGGCAGGGAGCGGCUUGACCUGCGGGAGAGGAUCCUCUCCGUACACAACCGCUGUCAGGAGGUGGAGAAGGAGAACCUGGUGAUGCGACAGGAGCUGGCCAGCCUCAGAGCACUUCACUCGGAUGCCAUCUCCCGCAUCCGCACCCUGGAGACACAUGUGCACAACGCUGAGUCUGCGAACGACUCACUUCAGAGGCAGCUGAAGAACUACACCAACCUCCGGGAUGAGUGUGAGGCAGCGAAGGAGGAGCGGGACAUGGCAAGAGCACAGAGCCACAUAGAGAAGCAGCGGAUGCGAGCCAAGCUGAGGAACAAGCUGGAGCAGGAGAAGGUGAAGCUCAAGUCAACACUCAACACCGAGCUCUGCAACCAGAAGUCCAAGAUCUACCAGACGCAAGUUAAGGUGCUGCAAGAGGUUCUUUUCAACGGCAAGCCAUCCACCGCCUCCUCCUCCGACACUGACCUCCCCUCGCUGCCGCCCGACAUUCCCAUUAAACCAUCCAUCUCCGACCCCAAGCUGACCAUGACCCCCGCACCACAGAGGUCCGCACCUGUCGUUAACCUGCGCCACAGACGAUCUCGUUCCCAGGGUGCUGACACCUGGAUAGACCACCGCCCCCUCAAGGAGGUCCCGACAGGCACCAUACUGCAGCCUGACCCAGCACUGCGGCGGCGGCGGUCGGUCAGGAGGCUGCGGAGUGGUGACCUGACAGACGGUCGUACCACUCACUACUGCCUCACCCACCAGGAACAGGACACCCAUGGGGACCUGCAUACGAAGCUGUUCAAGGGAGAGGUCCUACCCACAGCUGGCGGAGGGGCUCAAGUGGUCCUGCGAGAUGUAGAGAUACUCCAGCAGGUUGACCCCCUCGACCACCACCACACCCCCACCGCCACAGGCCCCACCACACGCAAACGCUCAUCCACCUCUGCUGCAGACACACCGACGCUGCAGGAACGGUGUAGCUGGGGUGUCCAAGGUGGAGGGGGUGGUGAAGGUGGCAGUGUCAAGAGAUCUAGGAUUUAAGUCAUACACACACACCUACAAAAAUUCAUACAUACAUGUGCCUAAGUGCCUUCAUUAGUAUCACAGAUGAUGCUGUAUAGCCCAGCAUUAUAACAUUACUCUUAUUAUUAUUAUUUGUAUGUACUUUUUCUUACUCUUAUUUAUUCUGUGACUUACUCAAUACAUGUGUAAUAUUUUAAUACCUUUCUCUUUCCUUUUUUUUUUUUCUUUCUCUUGCUUAUUGUAUUGUUUUUCUUCCUCCUCCUCCUCUGUGUCUUUAUUUCCUCCUCUCCUUUCUCUCUGUUCCCAUCUCUGCAUCUUUCUCCUCUUUUCUUCCUCCUCUCCUUAUGUCAAACUAAAGCCAAUUUGUGAAUCCCAUAUUUUCAUGUCUCAUAAUGGCUGAUUUCCACAUUUUUUUACUUGUGAAUGAAAAUUGGUCCCCCUAUUUUGCUUUUAUUCAGUCCAUUAUUAUGAUCGUUUCACUCCCCUUCAAAGUGUUACAGGCCUCACUGUGCCAUUGUUUUCAUUGAUUUACCAUUUAAUAUUAAUAUUGCUGCAGCUUCACUGACCCUUCAAAUAAUGUAGACUUUUCAUUAUAUCCUGCUAUUCACCAUUAUAGUAUAUAUAUUUGUGCUAACAAGUUCAGUAUAUCUUUAAUGCAAGGCUUGGUCCCAUAGCCAGUGUAAAGUUAUUAGUCAUUAAUAAAAUAUUAUCCUUCG